AUGGGGAUACCCAACGACGACGUGGUGCAAAUCCGCCAUGCCGACGCCGCUGGCGAGCCCACCGUCGUCACCGUCAGCUGCCCCGACAAGACGGGCCUCGGCUGCGACCUCUGCCGGGUCGUGCUCCUCUUCGGCCUCAGCGUCGUCAAGGGAGACAUGAGCACGGACGGGCGGUGGUGCUACAUCGUGCUCUGGGUGCUGCCACGCGGGGGGCGGCCCAUGGCCGUGCCAUGGGACCUCCUCAAGGACAGGUUGCUUCAGCUCUGCCCCGUCGCGCCGCCGUUCGGAUUCGACAGCGCGUACCUCGUGGCGGCUGGCCUACAGGACGUUGCGCCUCCUGCACCACAGCUCUUCUUGCUCAAGUUAUGCUGCUUCGACCGGAUGGGGCUCUUGCAUGAUGUGACACGCGUUUUGUGCGAGCUGGAGCUCACGAUUCGGAGGGUGAAGGUCUGUACCACGCCUGAUGGGAGUGCGCUAGAUCUUUUCUUCAUCACAGAUGCCAAGGAGCUUCUGCACACAAAGAGCAGAAGAGAAGAAACUCAGGACAAACUCGAGCGUGUCUUAGGCGACUCCUUGACAUGUUGUGAAAUAGAUCCUGCUGGUGAAGACAUGUUGGCUUGCCUCCAAUCCUGGGCUUCGCUGACGCCUGCUAUUAUGGAACAGAUGUUUAACACAAAUCUCAUAGAGGAGCAAUCGAUCAGCACAAGGGGUGGUACCAUCUCCGUGACAAUGGACAACUCGCUUAGCUCUGUCCACACUCUUAUUCAGAUUCAGUGUGGUGACCAUAAGGGCCUCCUAUAUGAUAUCAUGAGGACGGUCAAAGACUGCAACAUUCAGAUUUCGUAUGGCCGAUUCUAUGCGAGCCAAAAUGGAAGGUGCGAGAUUGAUUUGUUCGCAGUGCAAUCAGAUGGGAAGAAGAUCCUUGAUCAGCACAGGCAGAAAGCACUGUGCUGUCGCCUAAGGAUGGAGGUCCUCCAACCACUGCGUGUGGCAUUGGUGAACCGAGGUCCUGACACGGAGCUGCUGGUAGCAAACCCGGUUGAGGUUUCUGGAAAGGGUAGGCCGCUGGUGUUCUUUGACAUCACCCUUGCUCUCAAGAAUCUUCAGAAACAAAUCUUCUUGGCUGAGAUUGGGAGGCACGUUGUGGAAGAUAGGGAGUGGGAAGUCUAUAGAUUGCACUUUGGUGAGGAGCAUGAGCUCUCGUCUGCACUGCGGAGCAAGAUUGUGGAUGCAGUCACCAACAUGCUGAUGGGGUGGGACUAA